GACGUUCACCAAGUUUAAGCAGCAGUAAGUGAGAAGGCCAGAAAAAAUGAAACAAUAAAACAGGCUUUGUUUGCUCCGUAGAACGGGAAACUCAUUCGGAUGUCAUUAACAGUACAGCGCUGUGCCUGCAUUUUGUAGGCACAUUAUGCACACCGCGGCGACACGUUCACAGAAGGAGGCGGUGCACGACUCCGACGGCCCAGACACAGACGCAAACAGCGGUAGUACAAGCAAAAAUGGUAGUCCCACAGGUUCACUACUGCGCAUUGCACUAGUGCAUGCUGGUGGAUGGAAGUUUGAUUGGAGGUAGACAUCAGCCACGAGAGGCUGUUCUAGCGUUGUGAUUCGAUAGUUCAGAUUUCGUACUUCCUUUUCAAAGACAAUGCACUGAAAGCGCCAAUCGCUAAUGCGAAAGAAGUGGUUGUUUUCACGGUAAAUAACUUUCAGUACCUAAUUAAUUAGUCAGGUUUUACACUGGUUCAGUCAUUCACAGUAAAUACCACCACCUUGGGACAUUUACAACCAUCCAAGUAGAUCAUCAGCACUAACAAGGAACUAACAAAUGUCUGCAUCUAUCUUUUGUUUCCUGUCUGUGGGAUUCCUCGUGUUUGUCUCUGCAGACCAGAAAACCAUCACAGCUGAGUCUGGACAGAAUGUCACUCUGCCAUGUCGAGCUCCAAAAAACAGCAAGAUCAUAACUGUAGAGUGGCACAGACCUGACCUACAGCCAAAAUAUGUUCUUGUAUUUCGGGAUGGAAACAUUGAUCCAGUCAACCAGCAUCCAUCUUUUAAGAACCGGGUGGAUCUGCAGGAGAGAAAGAUGAAGGAUGGAGACGUGUCUUUGAUUCUGAAGAAUGUGAUGAUUAAUGAAACUGGAACAUACGAGUGUCGUGUCGUCCUAGAAGAAACACGCUCCUUACAGUCCAUAACAAACAUCACCCUGAGAGUUGAUUCUUCAGGUCAGCGAGGAAGAUCUGUUGGACUGAAAGGCGGUGUGCUAGUUUUAGGUCUGCUUUUUGUUGUUGCUGUUACUUUUGCAUUUUAGAGAAUAUCAGAGACAGGAUCCGUACCAGCCUCCUGCUGAACUACAAAAGCUUUGAAACCUCUCAGAACUUUUUCCAUCUGAACUCUGGACGCAUUCAAUGUUCAUCAUCAAUUCAUGGGUCAGAGUUGCUUUGAUGUCAAAUUUCUCUGACUAUCAUCAAACCUGUUCAGACUGUGUUAGUCUCUGUGCUGUCUGUCAGAGACUCUGUGAACUACAUUGUUUGUUCAUCUUCAGUUUCCAUAGGAUUUGUUUACGCUAAGAAGGAACUUUGUAAAUCAAUUAAUGAAUUCACUGUAUAAUACAAAAUCAUUAUCCUAAUAUUAUAUUAGUUUUUUAUAGAUUUUUAUUUUUUAUAUUAGGUUUUCCGUUCCUCUCAGCCUCCAAUUUGUUGUUCUUUAUACAACUUGAAUUCCAGAAAAGUUGUGACGUUUCAUAAAUUUGAACAACACUUGAUAUGAGCCAAUAACUUAUUAAAAACAGAACGUAAUUAACAUAAGAAAUGUUAAAACUGAGAAGUUUUACAAUUUAAUGCACGAAAUGAGCCCAGCAUCUUUGAUGAUAUGGAGGAGCAUGAGUAAAUACAUUAUGGGCAGCUUAUAUGUUUGGAAAGAACUAUGAAUGCUAAAAGUGCUAUAAAGGUUUUAGAGCAACAUAUGCUACCCUUCAGAUGAUGUCUAGUUCAGGGAAGGCCGUUUGUAUUUGCCAGUCUUUCACCUAUAGAGAACAUUACAGACGCAUAAUUAAUUAAAUGCACAAACUCUUCGGCAGAUGAAAACCUAUAUCAGGCAAGAAUUGGACAUGAAUUUCCAAACCAAAACUCCAGAAAGUCAUAACUUCAAUGCUCAGACGUCUUCACACUGGUUUGAAAAGAUGAGGAGAUGCUACACCUUGGUAAACAGGCCCCUGUUUCAACUACUCUGAGACCUGGAGCAAGCAUCUAAUUUGAAAUGAGCUCAUUUAGUGCCUGAAAGUAAAAUCUCAGUUUAAACUUUUAUUAUGUUAUCAAAGUCAGCUUUGUUGUCAAAAACCAUAUGCACAGAGCAUACACAGGAAUUUCAAAUUGCAGCCCUCAAGAUAAAAAGAUAGAAAUACAACAAUCUUAUAUACAACACAUUGCAAUAUAAUACAAUCUUACAUAAACAAAAGUGUCCAACACAGAGUGUUAUUCAUGUUCUGUUGUGAAUGAAAUAUUGGCUCAUGCUUUUUGAAAGUCUUAGUUUUCAUUUUGUUCAAAUUAACAGACUGUUCCUACUUCUCUGGAAUUCAAGUUGUAUUUUUGCUUUUUACAUUCAAAUAUGAAUAAACUUUUUUUUAUCUGUAAUUGUAUGUUUUUAUAAGAAGUCAUAUUUUGCUAAUAAAGAACUGUUAUUCGUCCAAA